GGCCGCGGCUCUCUGAAGCUGUAGGCUCUGGCCGGGAGAGGUGUGCCGCACUCUGCCACUUCACACCGAAAACCACCUGUAUGGAUGACCAGACCUUCGGCGCGAUCCAACCCCGGUCCAACAACAGGCACACGGGCAGCAACUCGUCAGAGAGUCGGGGUUAUGUCGAAGUGGAGAGGGGCGUCAUGACGGCCGAAAACAUGCUGGAGGACCCCGGGGUGCUGUCGACGCCUCACCUGUCCGAGGAUCGAUACGAGCGCGGCCGGAAGGGAUGCUGCGAGAAGGUGGUCGUCAACAUUUCGGGGUUACGCUUUGAGACGCAACUUAAAACUUUCAACCAGUUCCCAGACACGCUGCUGGGGGACCCCAGGAAAAGGAUGCGCUACUUUGACCCACUGAGAAACGAGUACUUUUUUGACAGGAACAGACCCAGCUUUGAUGCCAUCCUCUACUUCUACCAGUCCGGGGGGCGCAUACGGAGACCUGUUAACGUGCCCAUUGAUAUUUUUUCCGAGGAGAUACGGUUUUAUCAACUCGGAGAGGAGGCAAUGGAUAAAUUCCGUGAUGAUGAAGGCUUUAUAAAAGAAGAGGAACGCAUACUGCCUAAAAAUGAUUUCCAAAAGCAGGUUUGGCUUUUGUUUGAGUACCCUGAGAGCUCUGGACCAGCCAGGGGGAUAGCUAUAGUUUCAGUGCUUGUUAUUUUGAUCUCAAUUGUUAUAUUCUGCAUGGAGACUCUGCCGCAAUUUCGGGAUGAAAGAGACCCAGCACAGUGGGAGCCAGUGGAGCCCACAGUGAAUGGCACAGCUCCCUACAAGCCAAACCCGUUUACAGACCCUUUCUUUGUGAUAGAGACCCUCUGCAUCAUUUGGUUCUCUUUCGAGUUGCUGGUCAGGUUUUUCACCUGCCCCAGCAAAACUACCUUCUCCAAAAACAUCAUGAAUAUCAUUGACAUCGUCGCCAUAUUCCCCUACUUCAUCACUUUGGGGACCGAGCUGGCCGAAAAGGAAAACAGCGGCGGCCAGCAGGCGAUGUCGCUCGCCAUCCUGAGGGUGAUCAGACUGGUGAGGGUCUUUCGCAUUUUUAAGCUCUCACGUCACUCAAAGGGACUUCAGAUUUUGGGCCAGACACUUAAGGCCAGCAUGAGGGAGCUCGGUUUGCUCAUAUUCUUUCUUUUCAUCGGAGUUAUUCUCUUCUCUAGCGCGGUUUACUUUGCAGAAGCAGACGACCCAGCGUCCAGCUUCACCAGCAUCCCGGAUGCGUUUUGGUGGGCAGUGGUCACAAUGACCACAGUCGGAUAUGGAGACAUGCAUCCGGUGACCAUUGGUGGGAAAAUAGUGGGGUCGCUGUGCGCAAUAGCAGGCGUGCUUACCAUUGCCUUACCCGUGCCAGUGAUUGUGUCAAAUUUCAACUACUUCUACCACAGGGAAACUGACGGAGAGGAGCACCCGCAGUACGUGCACACCAACAGCUGCGAGCACCUCCCCUCGGAGGAGCUGAGGAGGUCGUGUAGCUCCUCGUCCCUCAGCAAGUCUGAGUACAUGGUGAUAGAGGAGAGCAUCAACACCGCCUUCAAACAGCCCAACUUCACCACCGAGAACAACCAGAACUACGUGAACAUCAAAAAGAUCUUCACAGACGUGUAAAUGAACUCCAGAAGGCAUCAUUUAUGAAGCAUGAAGACAGCCACAAUAUUAUUUAUUUUUCUAUAUAGCCUAUAGCCAAUUAUAAUGUGUCAGUCCAUAUCUGUGGAUGAACGUGCGUAAAUGUCCGUUUUAACAAGUCAUUUAUUAUUAUUUUUGAUGUAAGCAAGUGAGAAAUGUUGCUUAUACGUGUCUCCAGUGUAGAUUCAAACCUUUUGAGUAUUUCUCACAAAUCAAUAAGUGUUGAUAUGACCCAAAACAUUUGCACUGGAAUGUUUGUUUUACUUUAUGCGGCUUGUUACAACUUAUAUUUGUGCAGUGUAGGCUAUAGUGCCAUACGAUGCCUACAUAUCGUGAUGUUAAUUCAAAAGUUGUUGUGGUUCAUGAUUGGGAUACAAAUGUAACAUAGUCUAGCCUAUAUAGCAUUAACCCUCCAGUCUUGUGCUUCGUCGAAACAAACGUUUUCAUUGUCCAAUAAUGUAAUGAAUAGUAUUUAGCCAGAUGUCUGUUUAGGUUAUAUAUAACCUGUCGCGAUGAUGGACUGUGUUCACAUGAUUAUUCAGGUAAAAACACACCAUGUGGUGUAGAUGGAAACGCCUAUCAUAGUUUUUUGUAAAAUUGUAUUUUUAUUCAGAACUGCCGAUAGCCUAUAUUAAAUAAAACGCAAAAUAACUGAUCCUGACUCGAAAUGUAAUUAUAAUCUUUCGUCAAUCAUUACUGCACGUCCAGGCAGAGCGAGCAGAGGGGAAUAUAUGAAAUAUAUAAAGUGUAAAUAAUCGUGUGUUUAAGGGUCCUGUGCGCGGUGGUGACGACAGGAUGGCAACAGCUGGAUGAAUGGAGCGAUUGCGCGCGCAGAACGUCCCGCAUCGUGCUCCUCGCUAAUCCCGCCUUGUGAUGCAGUCUCCAUGACGACGGUGGUUUCCUGGGUAACCCCCUUUGAUGUAACUAUGGCAUUGUGCUGCAUUUUUUUUACAAAGACUUUCCAACUGUGCUUCAUUAUCACCUCAGCGUCCUUGGAGAUAAGAACUCAGAUGCAAUAUCAAUCAGCGCUAUUACUAAAUUAGCUUAAAACAGUGAGCUGGCAAACAUGUUGAAAUUCAGUAAAGAGGAAUAAUGCAAAGCUGCAUGAGCGCUCUUCUAUUUCCUGCUCCUCAGCAGCUGAAUUUCAGACAUGCUCCUUUCUCUGAGUUGGCAUGCCAACUAAAUCUGACGUCAUCAACCUUUCACCGUCUCUGGUGCAAAGUGUCUGAGAGCCAAAGUAACCAAGAAACCAAACCUGUGAAACUUUAAGGAGUUUAAAUUAAUCACAAGGCUGUAUCUCCUCCUUAUGGAGAGUAUGAGAGUUUUUUAAGUAACAAUCCUAACUGUACUUGUAUUCUAAGGGCUGCAACAUGCAGUUCCAUUAUCUGUUAAUCUGUGAUCCAGGAAUGCCAUCAAAUAAGUGUCUGUUAUAAUUUACCCCAUAAAAAAUU